AUGUCAGUUUUAGUAAACGGAAGCCCAACAAAAGAGUUCACAGCGAAGCAUGGUCUUAGACAGGGAGAUCCGUUAUCCCCUUUCUUGUUCGUUCUUGCAGCAGAAGGGUUGACGGGCCUGGUAAAGAAAGCCAAGGAAGUUAAAGAGUACUCUGCUUAUCAAGUUAAGGAGGGAUGCACCAUCGAUGUUUUACAAUUCCCAGACGACACACUGCUAAUCGACAAUGGAGUGUGGAAGCAAAUUUGGACACUAAAAUCUAUUAUUAGAGAUUUCGAAUUGGUUUCCGGUUUGGGUGUUAAUUUUUAUAAGAGCAAGGUUAUUGGUAUUAACUUGAGUCCUCACUUCCUCCCAGCUGCAACAAAUUUUCUGUGUUGCAGAAUAGAAGAAAAGGAAGUCGCUUUUUUGGGUUUACCGAUUGGGUCGAAUCCGAGGAAAAUAUCCUCUUGGAAAUAUUUAUGCUUAUCAGUGGAAAAAGGAGGUCUCGGGUUGAAAAACACUGAGGAUUUUAAUUCGGCUCUGUUAUUGAAGUGGAAGUGGCGCAUUUUAGAGGGAAGGAAUCGAAAUGGAUGGAACUAUUAA